GACAUGCGGGGCGCAGACGCUGACGCAGGCGGUGCGGCGGGCGGCGCUGACGGCCACGGCGACCCCGGUGGCGGGGGCACGGCGGCAGUUGUGGCUGGUGUGGCUCCCCAUGUCGCGCGGGCACCGCGCGGCCCAGGUCCGGGCGGAGACGCAGUGCCUGCGGCCAGAAGGCCGGGAAUCCAACCACACAUAUUGUAUCCUAUCCGAGGGCACAGCCAGAGAACGGGCUGGGGGCAGCCGGUGGCGGCGGAGGGCGCCCUCAGCGUGCCUUUCCCGACCCCUUUGGAGGCGGAAAUUGCUCAUGGGUCCCUGGCUCCAGAUGCGGAACCCCACCAAAGGGCGGUUGGGAAGGAUCUUACAGUGAGUGGCUGUAUCCUGGCCGUCCGCUGGAAAGCUGAAGACUGUCGCCUGCUCCGAAUUUCCAUCAUCAACUUUCUUGACCAGCUUUCCCUGGUGGUGCAGACCAUGCAGCGCUUUGGGCCCCCUGUUUCUCGCUAAGCCUAGGCUGGGAAAAGGAGCUGAGGUCUGACCUUGUGUCUCCUAGGAAGUGCAUCGUUCCUUAGGGCAAUGAUUCCCUACUAGUUUAGUGUGGGGGCCUAAGGUUUGCCUGUAUCUGCGCUUGGGUGCUCAGGGUGCCCUUGUUUUGUUUGGUGCUUAAAUGUUUGUUAUGGCAGGAAAUAAAACUGAGCUGCUAUUCCAA